AUAUUAGUAUUAGUAGCCACGUUGGAAGUGUUGACGUUUAGAGAAUUGUACGGCUCCUUCGUGUCAACAUUUGAACAUAAUUUAACUAUCAUUAGUUCAAAAAAAAAAAUACUACAUCGACAUAAAAACAUACAAAUAAAAUAUAACAUUCUGAUUCUGUACGACAAAGCCAAAUACCUAGAUAUUUUUGUUUAAUAAUUCUUACGAACAAAUUGAAACAUGAAAGUAAAAGAGCUCCAAAAGACGGUGAAUGUAGCCUGGUCUCCUGAUGAGCUUUCCCCAAUUUAUUUGGCAACAGGGUCAGCAGCUCAACAACUUGAUUCCAAUGAAAAUUCGACACUGGAAAUAUAUGGGACCAAUUUAAAAGAACCCGGCUUUGACCUGGAACUGAAAGCAAGCCUCCCAAGUGAAUACCGGUUUCAUAAACUGAUAUGGUCUCCAUCUGGAUACAAAGAUAAUCAUUCAAAUGGUCUUCUAGUUGGCGGAUGUGAAAAGGGAAACUUAAUUGUUUACAGUGCGUAUAAAAUGCUCAAUGGUGAGGGUGGUGUAGUUGCUCGUCAAGAUAGUCAUACUGGACCAGUUCGAGGGCUUGAUUUCAACCCAUUCCAAACCAACUUGCUUGCCUCGGUUGCAUCUGAAUCAGAAAUUUUUGUUUGGGAUUUAAACAACACUGCCACGCAUAUGACACCUGGAACAAAAACCCAACCACUUGAAGACGUACAAAAUGUUGCAUGGAAUCGACAAGUUCAACAUAUUCUGGCUUCAGUUUUUAGUUCUCGUUGCGUGAUCUGGGACUUAAGAAAGAAUGAACAAAUUAUCAAACUAUCUGAUUCACAAUCUCGAGUAAGGUGGAAUGCUGUCCAAUGGCAUCCAGAUGUUGCCACACAAAUUUGGUUAGCAUCAGAGGAAGAUCAAGCCCCGGUUGUUCAAAUGUGGGACCUGCGUUAUGCUACAGCCCCAGCCAAAACCAUGCAAAUCCAUCAGAGAGGUAUAUUGGGUAUGUCCUGGUGUUCCAAAGACUCCGAUAUGAUAGUCUCAUGCGGAAAAGAUAACAGAAUAUAUUGUUGGAAUCCCAACUCUGAGCACCCUGAGGGAGAAAUUUUAUCAGAAGUGGCUGUUACUCCUUACUGGUAUUCAGAUGUUCAGUGGUGUCCUAAAAAUCCAGCCUUAAUUGCAAGUUCAAGUUUGGAUGGCAACGUUUCAAUUUAUUCGCUUUUUGGUGGAACACAGCAGCAAGUUCAAACAUCUAAUAAAAUUGCAGAUUCCUUUCCAGGCAUAAAUAAUUUGGAUCAAGUAGCAAUGCCUUUGAAUAGUAAUCAAAUUACAUAUUCAGAUCCCUCAAAGCCACCAAAAUGGAUGAAAAAACAAAGUGGCGUAAAAUUUGGUUUUGGUGGAAAACUACUUUCCUUCAACUCGCAAUCAAAAUCGGUGAAAAUACAACAAAUUCUUACUGAUAAAGAUUUCUUAGAACGCGCUGGAAACUUUGAGAAGGCCCUUGCUGAUGGAAGUUUUAUUGAGUUUUGUCGCACCAAAGCAGAUGAAGUUAGCAACCAAGACAAUCGAUAUUUGUGGUAUUUUCUAAAAGCCAAUUUUGAAACAGACCCUAAAGAAGAAAUUCUUAAUUUACUAGGUUACAAUACAGAAGAUAUAAGCACUAAAUUUUCGCAAUACUUAAGAAAUGAAACCACUGUUGAUGAUAACAUAGAACUGAUAACUAACCGAAUUAAUACAUUGACACAUGAAACUGCAAAGAAGGAUCUUAAUUUGAACUGCGAAAGUAAAAAAAGUGGAGAAAUAACGGAAACAACUAUUGAUAGCAUUUCAAAUUUAAAAAACGAUGAUUUGGAAAGCCUUAUAUCCGAAGCUAUUAUAACUGGAAACAUUGAAGCUGCAGUUGAACUUUGUUUUGAAACUGGACGGCCGGCGGAGGCCCUUGCUAUUGCUUCGACUGCGGGCAUAGAGUUUCUUACAAAAACACAAGAGAGAUUUUUAAAGAAACGAAAUUGCAACUUGUCAAAUAUAAUUUCAGCUUUAAUAACUCGAGAUUGGAUGGACUUUGUAUCACGUUGUUCUAUAGAUUCAUGGAAAAAAGCUCUUGUAGCUGUUCUUAAACAUGGUGAUCGUAAAGUAGUUAAUAUUUGCGAGAAAUUGGGAGAUCGGCUGCUUGCAGAGAGCUCUCAAAUCGAGUAUACAAAAAAUGCACUUCUGUGUUAUAUCUGUGCUGGAAAUGUUGACAAAGUUAUUGAAGCGUUUCAUCAAUUAAAACGUUUAGAAAAAAGUAAUGCAGAAUAUGAACUGGAUAAUACAGAAUUUCAAGAACUCGCUGAAAUAGCAAUGGUGUUAAGUAAAUCACUUGAAACACAAGGCAUUGUCAUCGAGCCCGAAGGAAAAUUUGCCGAAUUGACAUACCUUUAUGGUACACUCCUUGCAGAUCUAGGAGGUAUAAAUAUAGCUUCUGCAUACGUUUUUGCAUUAGGUCCAUCAACUCAUCCAAAUUUAGAUGACUUACGCGAUCGUCUCGAUAAAAUAAAUAAUACAAAGUUAGCUACGAAAACUGUUGAUAAAACGAAUAUGAAUUUAACAGAUUCUUCAAAUAUAAACCAAAUAAAUUACAAGUCCCAACAAGGAGCAUUAUUUUCUCCGAAUAUUUCCCAACCUAUACCAACGCAAACUGCACAUGGUACUGGACUACAAGUUGGUAAUCCGUGGACGCUUCCAACAUCUACGCAAUUGACUCCUCAACCUCAUCCCCCAGUGAACAUGUUCAAUCCACAUCAACAGAACUCACAACCGUCUUCUCAGACAUCGAAACCACCAACAGCAGCGCAAAUUAAUGAAAGUCUUUCGUAUCCACCAAGACCGUCAAGUGUGAGCUCUCAGGGAUCUAUUCCAUUGACAUCGCGUUCAAAAUAUCUUUUAGAUCCAUCAGUAUCUGGUAGUCCUCAGUAUAGUUCGUCACAUUAUGGUGGAAGUUAUAAUCAAACACCAGUACUAACUCAAACUAAUUUUAACACCAUGCCAAUAGCACCAAAUCCAACUGGAUAUCCUUCCCAAGUGCAUACAAUGAAUCCAAUGCAAAAUAAUUAUACGCCACUGAAUUCCAUGCAGCCUAUGCAAAAUUAUUUGCCGGGAAUUUCUCCUAUAGAUACAGUGCCUUUGGUGCAGCCACAGACUCACAUUCAAAAAAAUCCAACACCACCGCCUGGAUGGAAUGACCCCCCCGUGCUGAAAUCUAAAAAACAAAAUAUAAAGACAGAACCAUCAGGGUCAGCAAUAACACACCCUAUAUUCGGUAUAGAUCCAAAACAAAAUGUAUACCUUGACCCAAGUGCAAAUUAUCAAAAUCAAACAAUGCCACCGCAAACAAAUUUUAAUGAGCAAUCUCCACCACAAGUACCCUAUAAUGUUAUACAACAAAAUAAUAAUCUGUUGCCGAAACAAACACAAUAUCAAGCUGAUAAUUCCAUCGUGUAUCAACAACAUACAGGUUACCAAGAACAACCAGCUCAGGUUCAACGCCGUGUCCCAGAAAUACCUAAGGAAAAGCCUACUUUACCAGAAGAAUUCAUUUACAUGCAAACAGUAUUUGAAGAACUAAAAACUCAGUGCCUAAAGGCGGCAUCAGAUCCGCGAACAAAGAGAAAAUUUGUAGAUGUUACAAAGCGUUUGGAAAACUUAUAUGACUGUUUGCGGGAUGGGAGACUUACGUCUAAUACAAUAGAUUCGUUGAAUCAAAUUGUUCAAUUUAUACAAAUAGGAGAUUAUGGCAAUGCUUUAGCAACUCAUACUUCAAUAGCUUUUGGAUCUGAUUUCGCCCAAACGGCGGGUUUUAUGCCAGGCAUUAAAGUUUUGGUACAAUCAGCAGCCGAUUUAAAUGUCUUUUUAAGAUAAAUAGAAAUUGUAUUUGUUGUUUAGUUUAAAAGUGGGAAUUCUGUUUGUUUAAUACAAAUAAAAUAAUUGUUCACAUUGG